AUGAAAGCAGCACCUGCAACAGCCAACGGAGCGACGGCGGCACCCCUAGCAACAACAACAACGGUGGAAGACUUCCUCUCUGUUUUAGACUUCUUGAACCUGCUAGCCACGUUCGCUGACAACACAAGUCUGAGCGAUUGCACGCGCAGCACGGUUCUACUGGGGCUGCUGAAGCAGCAUCCGCAGUUGCUUUUGGCAGCAGCUAGAUCUGGACUGGAGCCUCUAUUUCUCGUUGCGUUUCCGCAACGAAGGGAAGGGUUUGCUGUGUCGGAGAGCCGUGAGGCAGCUGCUACGGCUGCGACGUGUACAGCUUCCGUUGCCUCGUGGCAAACGGACGCCCACAUGCAGCUAUCGCAGCGUGAGCACGCGACUGUGGAGCCCGUCAUCAAGGAAGCCUUUGCAGAAACAGAUUUCGCAGCGGCGGCUUCUUCAGAAGGCGCUCCAGAAUGCAAGACGCAGCUGCUUCGGAUACAGCAGCAAAUCGACAGCCGCGUCCACUCGCAUAUCCGUCAGCACGUCGUGCAACACGUUCUCGAGAGCGCCUCGGAGGCGCAGAAGGAGCAGCAACAGCAGCAGUGGCAGCAGCAGCAUGAUGAGAUCCUCAAAAAGCAGCUUUUAGACAGUGUCAGAGCCUGUGCUGCGCCAUUGGUGCAGCCUCCGAGGAAGCAGAACGAAGCGUUUUCCAUGCCCCAACAGCAACCGCAGAGUGUCUCUCCACGAGAAGAGUCUGCCGCGGCUGUGAACGAGACAGCAGCAGGUGUAACGACACCAGCACCACUAGCAGAGCCGGCAGCCCUUCAAACGCACACGACACUUGGGCAAUCCUUGCACGCAACGCCUCGUGCCAGUCUGGAAUGUAAAAGUUCCUUAGAAAGCCGCUACGAGAGACUCGCAGUGCACGAGAAACUCCCAGCAGCUGCAACUCGCGAAGUCGCCUCAGCCGUGCAAACCCACAGACCAACAGCAGCGGCAGCGGAGAAAAGCGCUACACAGCCUCCCGUCCAAGCGGAGAAGAUACUUGACGGCAUUCGGAUCUUGCAGAAGCAGAAUGCAGGACGGGAGAUGCCGAAACCUCAGGAAGAGAAGAAGCAGUUCGGAGAUGUCUACACCCUGCAAAGACUCCUGGCUGCCAGACUCAGCAGUCUGCGGCAGCCUUUUCCGGGCUCUCUCUCGCCUCUCUUUUCGCAAAGCACCCUUGUGGUAAUUGGCAACGGUGACAGAAGCAGUGCCGCCAACGGCAGGUGUGCAGACAACGACCCCGCGUUGAAGUUUUCCCAGAGGCAACAGGAGCAGGAGCAGCAACAACAGCAACAGGAGCAGCAGAAACAGGAGCAACAGAAACAGCAAGACCACCUCGCUCCUACGAGCGGCCCCACACAUUCGAAGCCGCAGACUGCAGCGGCGUCGCUCCUCGAGUGUGCAGAGUUGCUAAAAAGUAAUUUAGAGUCGGAGCGGCGGGAUGCAAACGGGCUCUCGCAAACUGCUGCUGCUGCAGCGGGUGUAGCUCUCAGCAGCAAUCAGAGCAACAACGGCCAGUCUACAGGGCGAACAUCGUUGGAAUGCGCGGCAGAAACAGCUACUAGCGUCGCUUCGCCAGAUCAUUCGACUAGCAUUGCCGGCUUGUUAGAACGCGCUGCAGCCAUAUUAGCAGCCACAAAGCCGCAGAAGGGGCUGUUCACUCCUCCCCAGGCGGGAGGAAGAGCACCUUGCAAGUCUGCACCAGAGCAGACGGCAGCAGUGGCCCUUAUCUCAGCUGCUGGAGGGGAGCCGGAUGUGCUUCAGCAUGCGCAUCACAGACCUGCCAGUGCAACUCAGCGCGCACGAACGGCAAAAGCAGUGCGAGAAGCCGCAGCCGCAGCAUCAAGGGACUGGCUGGACCUCAGAGGAAAGAGAAACAGUGCUAAUGGCGCAGAAGCAAGUGCUGCAGCUGCUUUGGCAAGAUGCAACUUUGCUGCGUGCCACGAACGCUGA